AUUAGAAAAAUAAAAAAUCAAUUUUCAGAAAAGGAAUUGUGAUGGGGAUUUCACCUGAACAUCUCGCAGUUACUAGUGAACAAACUCUGUUAUAGGCAGUUUCUUCCGCCUUUCUUGAGUUUCUUGUCCAAUUCAGUUAUAUAAGUACGGGCACUCUUAAAGAAAAUCCAUUUGUACAGAGAAAGAAGCAUUGAAAUCUCCUUAACAAUGGCGAUCGCUUCGCCGUCCGCUCCGAGAUUCUCGUCGUUCUGCUGCUGUAGGGUCGGGUCGGCCCGCGCAGCUGGUUCCGUAGGAACGGUAGGAUUAUUGCCGCCGAUCCACACUCGGUUCCCGGCUCGGAAGUUGACGUUGUAUUCAAGGCUCGACUCGUCUUCCUCCGCGUCUUCCAAUGACCCCGACGGCGAACUCCGCUACGAGCUGCAGCACGGCGUACCGACGCACCCUCACCCUCACCGGCGGGGUACGCCGGUGUUCGUGACCCUUCCGGUGGACGCCGUCAGCUCGCCCUCUGGGCAGAUGACAAGGAAGAAGAUCAUGAAGCAUUCGUUCACGGCGCUGAAGACGAUGGGAGUGGAGGGAGUCGUGAUGGAGGUGUGGUGGGGGCUGGUGGAGAGGGAAUCGCCUAGGGUUUACAAUUGGCAGGGUUAUUUGGAGAUUGUGGCGUUGGCGAAGCGCAUUGGCUUGAAGGUUCGAGCUGUAAUGGCGUUUCAUCAGUGUGGCACAGGGACCAAUGAUCCCUUCUGGGUUCCUCUUCCUAAAUGGGUGCUAGAAGAAAUGGAGAAGGAUCCAGAUUUAGCAUAUUCAGACAGGUUUGGGAGACGGAGCUUGGAAUAUAUUUCCCUAGGAUGUGAUGUUCUGCCUAUUUUGCAUGGACGAUCACCAGUUCAAGCAUAUACUGAUUUUAUGAAGGACUUUAAAGAAAUCUUCAAGGCAUUCCUUGGAACCACCAUAACUGGGAUUCAAGUUGGAAUGGGUCCCGGCGGUGAGUUAAGAUAUCCUUCAUGCCCUCCAAAAAAGCUAACAAGCGCAUGGCGCUCGCGUGAACUUGGUGAAUUCCAAUGUUAUGAUAGGUAUAUGCUGGCAUCUCAGAAUGCUUGUGCUGGAGAAGUAGGUAUGCGUGAAUGGGCAAAUGGUGGCCCUAUUGGUGCUAGCAGUUUGAUGCACGACCCAGAAAGCACAGAAUUUUUCAGAAGUGAUGGUUCUUGGAACACAGCAUAUGGAGAUUUCUUCCUACAAUGGUACUCGGGGAUGCUGUUGCUUCAUGGGGAAAGGAUUUGCAAGGAAGCAGAGAGCAUUUUUAGGGGUUUUGAAGUGGAUUUGAGUGGUAAAGUGGCGGGGAUCCAUUGGCACUAUGGUACUCCAUCUCACCCAUCAGAACUAACAGCUGGUUAUUACAAUACUUCAAUUAGAGAUGGAUAUUUACCAAUUGCUCGCAUGUUCGGUAGAUAUAGAUUCACCAUAUGUUGUCCAUGUUUCGAGAUGAAAGAUGCACAUGAGCAAAAGAUAAAUCCAGUGAGCAGUCCCGAAGGUUUACUUAGACAACUUUUACUUGCUGCAAGAUUCUGUUAUCUUCCCCUGGUGGGUGAAAAUUCGGCCACCAGUUUGGAUGACCAAUCAUUCGAACAGGUGUUAAAGAUGUCAAAAUUCUACUCAGAUGGUGUUCCAUUCGAACAUGUGUUAAAUAUGUCAAGAUUAUACUCAGAUGGUCUGGAAACACCGUACUUUUCGUUCAACUUUGUGAGGAUGGACAAGCACUUUUUUGAUACUCGGAAUAUUGCAAGUUUUACCCGGUUUGUGAAACAGAUGUCAGACACGAAUAAUAUUCGAGCCAAGUUAAGUUUCGGGGAUGGUGAUAUGCGGGUUUCAUCUUCCUCUUCAGGCGCAGCAGCUAACAUGAAAGCAGUUUUCGCGUAGGACAAGGACCCCAGGAACUAGUGAUUCAUUGUUGUGGAAUCUGUGAAUUGCAUCAGUAUAUUCUUUUGAUUUGUAGUAAAUGUUCUUCUGUGCAUUGUAUUGGGUUUUCCAUUUCAUACUGAAUGGAGCAAAGAACAGUCUGGUUGUAGUGUAGAACAGUCAACAGUGCCUUCCAAUGAUUUUGAGAAUGGAUGGCUGCCUCAGCUCCUAAUCACUCUUUUAGCCUUUAAUCUC